UAAAUCACCUUGGGUUAUGCAUUGGUAUCAAGGGGACAAGAAAUUACUUAGAUUGCAUAAGAACAAGCUAUGAUGCUGAAGUGUUCAAGUGGAAAACAAACAUUGCUGACUACUUGCUUGGGCUUCAGUCAGACAGUUCAGUCUCUGGUGCUUAUACAAUUCCAUAUGCUGACAGUGAGGCAACUCUUUCAGUUGAUUCAUUUCCAUCAUCGACAGCAUCGUCCCCUCAGAGACAACACAAAUCACCUGUCAGAAGAGGAUAUGUCCAAGCACUUAUGCAAGAUUCACCAAAGACUCAUUCAGAUGAAGAGUUGUUAAGUUCCAUGAAAAGCACAUCUGAUAUUGAGGAAAGCAUGUCCCUUAGUGAUGCAUCAGUGCCAGAAGGUCGAUGUGGAUUUUCAUUGUGUUUUGAUAAUGUAAAUCAAAGAACCACUGUAAGACAUCAAACCAGAGACAACAAAAACAAGAUGUUUAACAUGGUGCAAGGAUAUGCCGCCCUUGACAGAGUCCCAACUCUCCAUCUCAAUGAUGACCCACCCUCACCAGAAAGUAUCAAGUCCAUUCCAUUGGAUAAAUACCUUCCAUCAGAGAUGGAUGAAAUUGAUCUACGGUUUGAAUUAACCACAAUUGUCAACAGGAUUUUGUGUGAAUAUAUUCCCAUCUUCAAACCUUUGGCCAAUGCUGUAAACAGGCAUAUCCAACAUAGAUACUCAAAGAUUUCUGCAUCAAAAAGUCAACUGGUUCCUAUUGGCGUUCUGGAUAAAGAUGAAAGUCGAGUGUCUGACACCAUCGACAUCCUUGAGGAAUAUCACAAGUAUUUUCCUCUUAAGCCAAAUGGACAACCUUACUCCAUUGUCUUACAUGCAGAUGGCCUGAGCGUUGAAAGGGGAAACAAUGCCCAGAAUGCCAGAAUAAAUGGAAAUACGGCAUGGACUCAAUUGCAAGGCUUACAAAUGAAUAUACAGGAAUGGCACAAACGAUGCCUUUUGCUUCAGGACAUUUUUGAUGAGAUGUAUAAAGGCUCCAGUGGAAGGGAAGUUGGCACCCUCUUUCAGCUGAAAAACUAUUUCAAUCAUCGUAAUGUGACAAGUAAUGUCAAACAGUCAUUUAAUCAUGAUGAAGAGUUUCUGGACUUUACAACAAAUGGAUAUGUUGUACUGGCUGCUAUGCAUGUUCUGAAUAUGCAGGAGUUGGAUGAAAUCCCCAAUUCUUUCCCAGAUACUGAAGACAAACAAAUGCACUUCCUUUAUGAUGUGUCAGGAAAACUUGUGGACAUGGUGUUUCUGUCAACCCGGCCAAACGUUAAACACAUUUUACAAGACCAUGGCAAAGACUCAGAAAUUGACACUGAAUUUUGUGUGUGCAGGACAGAACAUCAAGAUCCAGAAAUGAUAUUCUGUGCAAACAAAGAUUGUAUGUUUGGGGGAUGGUUCCAUUUAGACUGUAUCGGUCUUGAUGAAGAUAGUGUGCCUGAGGGAGACUGGUGGUGUUCAACUGAAUGCAGGAAAUACCAACCAGGAAAGAAAAAGAAAAGUACAGUAGCAGACAACCUAACGGACCAUAAAAAAAGUUACGCUUUAAAAUUAAUGUGGCAUGGGUUGAACCAAAAAGUACGACGUGAUGCACUUCGAGAAAAUGAUGGAAACCGGAUUAUCAUGCAUUGGAGGUUUGACUUGUUAAACUUUUAUGAGCAUAACCAUCCAAAGUACUUCCAUGUUUGUCAUCAACUCUUAUCAGCAAUAAAUGGAGCAGUCAGUCCCAGACUUCAACAUUCUCUGACAUGGAAUAGAACUGUUAAUCCAAAUGGUGGACCUGGGAAAAAUCUGGAAAUGGAUCUGCAAAUGGAGUUCUUUAAUAAAGAAUACAAGGAAAGUGUCAAAGAUGCUGCAGGACAACUGACUGAGGCUACCAUUGCCAGACAUAGCCAGAUGGUGGGUGUUGGAAAGGUGAUUAACAGAGUCUAUGAGAAGCAGGUAGCUUCUGUGCAAAGGCCCACCAUCCAAACAACUAGCCCCCAUUACAGGGAAAAUGACAUCAUAGAUUUUGUCUCCAUGAUGAGUCCAGAAAACAUUUUUACAACAACUCCAGGGAGACAAUUUAAAUCAUUCCCAGAUUUUACACAUAUUUUGUAUAAAAAAAUCUCAGCCAGUGCAUUUAAGAAAAGACUUGUCAGACUGAGGAAAGAAUUAGCAAAGCAUAGGGAAAUUACCAUUCAAAUGCAGAGAAACUGACUGUAACAUGUCAUUAGCACAAUGAACUAGUAUGAUUUAAUUUUCCAUUCUCUCAAACUGUCUUUACAUUGCAGCUUAAAAUGACUUGGUACUGCAAUUUC